GACCGGAAGGACGACCACUUUUCACCGGAAAGGCGGAGCACUUGGUUAGCUUGAUUGUUGCUUGCGAGCUGCUGUCAUGGCGGUGUCUCUGUCUCGUCGCUCAGUAGCGCAGCAGCAACAGAAUAGCUUACAGUCUCCGCCGAGGAACAGCUCACUUUCAGGUGCUACGCCGAUGGCAGUGAUCAACUCCCCGCAUGAGAGUGAGCGGGAAUGCAGCGGAGGAAUCGAAGGCGCUCUGGCCUCUCCGGACCUGCCUGCCCCGGUGCUAGCGAGCAGCGCGAGUUCAAACACGACAACCUCUGGCGGCAGCGGCGUCUCGAGCCCCGGCUCUGGGGCCACAAGCCCCACUGACGGUAUCAGCGGAGUCGGCGGAGCCUUCCGGGAGUUGUUCGAAGCCUGCCGCAAUGGAGAUGUGUCAAGAGUGAAGCGGCUCGUCGACUCGGUGAACGUGAACGCAAAAGACAUGGCUGGCCGAAAAUCGACUCCUCUGCAUUUCGCUGCGGGGUUUGGUAGGAAAGAUGUGGUGGAGCAUCUCCUACAGACGGGGGCCAAUGUCCAUGCCAGGGAUGAUGGAGGUCUCAUCCCACUGCACAAUGCCUGCUCCUUCGGCCAUGCUGAGGUUGUGGGGCUCCUCCUGUGUCAGGGUGCAGACCCAAACGCCAGAGAUAACUGGAAUUACACUCCCUUGCAUGAGGCAGCCAUCAAAGGAAAGAUAGACGUGUGCAUAGUGUUACUCCAGCAUGGAGCCGAUCCCAACAUCCGUAACACUGAUGGAAAAUCAGCACUGGAUCUGGCCGACCCUUCUGCAAAGGCAGUGCUUACUGGUGAAUACAAAAAAGACGAACUCCUGGAAGCAGCAAGGAGUGGAAAUGAAGAAAAACUGAUGGCUCUCCUGACCCCAUUAAAUGUCAACUGUCAUGCCAGUGAUGGUCGAAAGUCAACAUCUCAAAAAAUGCUGUCGACACCCCUCCACUUGGCUGCUGGCUACAACAGAGUCCGCAUUGUUCAGCUCCUCCUUCAGCAUGGAGCUGAUGUUCACGCCAAGGACAAGGGCGGCCUGGUUCCGCUUCACAAUGCUUGUUCCUAUGGUCACUUUGAGGUUACUGAGCUUCUGCUUAAACACGGCGCCUGUGUCAACGCUAUGGACUUGUGGCAGUUCACUCCUCUCCAUGAAGCAGCAUCCAAGAACCGCGUGGAAGUUUGCUCCUUGUUGCUGAGCCAUGGGGCUGACCCGACCCUACUCAACUGUCACAGCAAGAGUGCUGUGGACAUGGCCCCCACUCCAGAGUUGAAAGAGAGGCUCACCUAUGAGUUCAAAGGUCAUUCACUGCUGCAGGCAGCUCGGGAGGCGGACAUGGCCAAAGUGAAGAAGACCCUGGCUUUGGAAAUCAUCAGCUUCAAACAUCCUCAAACCAAUGAGACAGCUCUGCACUGUGCAGUGGCUUCCCCCCACCCAAAAAGGAAGCAAGUCACUGAGUUGCUGCUACGUAAAGGUGCAAACAUUAAUGAGAAGAACAAAGACUUUAUGACACCUCUGCAUGUUGCUGCUGAGAGAGCUCAUAAUGAUAUUCUGGAGGUGUUGCAGAAACACGGAGCAAAGGUGAAUGCUGUGGACACGUUAGGACAGACAGCACUGCACCGGGCUGCUCUGGCUGGUCACAUCCAAACCUGCAAGUUGCUGCUAAGCUAUGGGGCCGACCCAUCCAUCGUGUCACUGCAGGGUUUUACUGCUGCCCAGAUGGGAAACGAAGCUGUACAACAGAUUCUCAACGAAAAUGUUCCCACACGAAACUCUGAUGUGGACUACAGAUUUCUUGAGGCAGCCAAAGCAGGAGAUCUGGACACGGUGCAACAACUUUGCACCCCUCAAAAUGUAAACUGUCGGGAUCUGGAGGGCCGUCACUCAACUCCCCUUCAUUUUGCUGCUGGUUAUAACCGUGUGGCUGUGGUGGAAUACCUGCUUCACCAUGGAGCUGAUGUCCAUGCUAAGGACAAGGGCGGCCUGGUUCCUCUUCACAAUGCAUGCUCGUACGGUCACUAUGAGGUCGCUGAGCUGCUGGUGAGACACGGCGCCUCAGUCAAUGUCGCCGACCUGUGGAAGUUCACUCCGCUUCACGAGGCAGCAGCCAAGGGAAAAUAUGAGAUUUGCAAACUGCUGCUCAAACAUGGAGCAGACCCCUCCAAGAAGAACCGGGAUGGCAACAUGCCACUCGACAUGGUGAAGGAUGGAGACACUGACAUCCAGGACCUGCUGAGGGGGGAUGCUGCCCUGCUGGAUGCUGCCAAAAAAGGUUGCCUGGCUCGUGUCCAGAAACUUUGCUCCCCAGAGAAUAUCAACUGUAGAGACACUCAGGGCCGCAACUCCACACCACUCCACCUUGCAGCUGGCUACAACAACCUUGAAGUGGCUGAGUAUCUGCUGGAACAUGGGGCAGAUGUCAACGCCCAAGACAAAGGAGGCCUUAUCCCUCUCCAUAAUGCUGCGUCCUACGGCCAUGUUGACAUUGCUGCCUUGCUUAUCAAGUACAAUACAUGUGUGAAUGCCACAGACAAAUGGGCUUUCACACCCUUGCACGAGGCAGCCCAGAAGGGUCGCACACAACUCUGUGCCCUGCUCCUGGCUCAUGGAGCUGAUCCAACCAUGAAGAACCAAGAAGGCCAGACAGCCCUGGACCUGGCCACGGCUGAUGACAUCCGGGCCCUCCUUAUGGAUGCCAUGCCUCCAGACGCACUCCCAAGUUGCUUUAAGCCACAAGCCACAGUGGUCAGCGCCUCCGUCAUCUCCCCAGCCUCCACACCGUCCUGCUUAUCGGCUGCUAGCAGCAUAGACAACCUGGCCGGACCACUCAAUGAGCUGGCUGGCGGUGCUGCUGCUGGGAGCUCAGGAGUGGCAGAUGGAGCCGCAGGCACUGACCGCAAAGAAGGAGAAUUGACAAUGCUGGACAUGAAUAUCAGUCAAUUCCUGAAGAGCUUGGGUCUAGAGCACUUGAGGGACAUUUUUGAAAGAGAACAGAUCACUUUGGAUGUCCUUGUUGACAUGGGCCACGAGGAGUUGAAGGAAAUUGGAAUCAAUGCAUAUGGGCACCGACACAAACUUAUCAAGGGUGUAGAGAGGCUGCUGGGUGGUCAGCAAGGUGCCAAUCCAUACCUGACAUUCCACUGUGCCAACCAGGGCACCGUCCUCAUAGACCUCGCCCCAGAUGACAAGGAAUAUCAGUCGGUGGAGGAGGAGAUGCAGAGCACCAUCAGAGAGCACAGAGAUGGCGGCAACGCAGGCGGCGUGUUCAGCAGAUACAACAUCAUCAAGAUCCAAAAAGUGGUGAACAAGAAAUUGAGGGAACGUUACACACACAGGCAGAAGGAGAUCGCGGACGAGAACCACAACCACCACAACGAGCGCAUGCUGUUUCACGGUUCACCAUUCAUCAAUGCCAUCAUCCACAAAGGAUUUGAUGAGCGUCACGCCUACAUUGGAGGAAUGUUCGGGGCAGGCAUCUACUUCGCUGAGAACUCUUCCAAGAGCAACCAGUAUGUUUACGGUAUCGGCGGAGGCACAGGCUGUCCGACACACAAAGACCGGUCCUGCUAUCUGUGCCACAGGCAGAUGUUGUUCUGCAGGGUGACUCUAGGUAAGUCCUUCCUACAGUUCAGUGCCAUGAAAAUGGCCCACGCUCCCCCAGGACACCACUCUGUGAUCGGGCGGCCUAGUGUAAAUGGCUUGGCCUAUGCAGAGUAUGUGAUUUACAGAGGAGAGCAGGCCUUCCCAGAGUACCUCAUCACCUACCAGAUCUUAAAACCUGAGAGUGCAGCCCAGUCAGCUGCAGGAGCUGAACAGAAAUCAUAGUUGAUCACACACUUACUGCUUUUGUAUUUGCAAUGCAUAAAGACAUAUUGAUGAGACACAUUUCCACUUUUCCCUCCAGUGGAUGCUAAGGUGACCAGUACUUGCAGAUAUGCUGUGUAAUACUCUUGUCCUUGUCUCUUUUCACUUCUCGUGUAUCACUUGCAUGUUAACACAGGAGCAUGUAAGGCCCAUUAGUGUGUGGGUUACUUCUCUUGGUAGUUUGUCACCUUUUAGCAUCAUGCCUGAAGACUGUGGAGAACCACCAACCCCCUCAUAUUUGUUGAGAUGUGCAGUUUUUAUUUUUGUUUUUAAUUUCCCCCCCAAAUUUUGUGUACACUGAAUGCCACCAUAUCUGGGUUCACACUGUACAGAGGAUUUAAGGCAAACACUAUUCAAAAAAACUCAAUGAAAAUUGUUGUCAUCCUAUAAUGUUGACUGUGAACACUACAGUUUUUUGAGUGCGUAUAAGCCAUGAUGCACAAGCCGUCGCGAAGGCUGAGAUUCUUUAAGUCGGCAUUAGAAUAUACUGUAGUCCUAACUGAGAGUAUGCUCGGUAACACAGCUUGAUUGCAAUAUAAAACACCCUAAUAAAUAUGAGGGAUAUUCUACACAUGAAAGCUGUACAUUUAAAGCAUUAUGUAUGACAGAAUAGCUUUGUAUUGAAAGAUGCUUGUGAUGUUUUAAAACCUGAUAGCCAGUGAAUUCAUCAAAGCAUCCUUCUUGUCACCGUUCUUCUUUUCAUGCAUAAGGAUUUGCACUUUUACAUAGAAACCUAUUUAAGUUAUUUUCAAUUUAAAUAGAAACUGUUCAGGAAAAGAAUAUUUGUACAUGUUGUAUAAAUGGUUGUUUAUAACUGUUGCUGUCUAACAGUGUCUUGUGUUGAACGUGAAAUGUUUUUUUUCCUUUUAUGCAUUCUCUAUUCUCCCUUUUUUUAAAUAAAUGUCACAUUAACAUUU